AUGGCCCAGCCCAAUCCGUACCUCUUGGCAUGCGACCAGCCAGCAGCAUUGCUCGAGCUGCUGCGCUCCAAUCCCGCGAUCGCGUCCUGUCAGGACGAGCACGGAUAUUCCUUGCUCCACGCCGCCGCAUCCUAUGGCCAUACCGAUCUCCUCCGUGCCCUUGUGAAAGAAUUCAACGUCGAUGUCAACCUCACCGAUGAGGAUGGUGAGACCUGCCUGUUCGUGGCCGAGACUCCCAAGAUCGCACGGUGCCUGGUGGAGGAGUUAGGAGUGGACAUCAACAAGACCAACGAUGAGGGUCAAAAAGCCCACGAGAAGAUGGAGGCGGAUGAGGAGUUCCCUCAGGUCUCUGACUACCUCCGUGAGGCCCUAGGUGUUGCGGCUCCUGCCCCGGCGGACCCUGCACCGGGUCCACUCAACGCUCCCCGGCCGAUUCCUGGGAAUAUGGAGGUGAACAUUGGCACGAUGUCGGAGCAGGAGGCUAGUGCUGGCGAGACUGAGGUUGAUCCCGAAUUCAAGCGCCGCAUUGAUGAGCUCGCCGCCCGCGAAGACUUCCAUAGUGAAGCAACGCAGAACGAGCUGCGGGACUUGGUUCGGGAUGCUCUGACGGGCACCAGCAUCGAGACUUCCGAGCGCGAGGUGCGAAGGAGAACCGACUAA